AUGGAGUUCGGAUCGCUGUUCAUCUGUACUGGUUUCGUAACUCUCGUGUAUAUAUGCUUUACAAAACUCCUCGCCAAAGCGCCGCGUAAUACUCAGUUACCUCCUGGGCCCCGAGGCCUCCCUCUUAUUGGUAAUGUACUAGAUCUCCCUCAAGCCGGCGAAUUCGAGGCACACCACUGGGCAAAACAUAAAGACGUAUAUGGGAACAUCAGUUCUGUUACAGUCUUCGGUCAAACCCUCGUCGUCAUCAACGAUGCGAAGCUAGCUCAGAAGGUCCUCAAUGACCACUCGGCCAAGCAUUCUAGCAGGUCAAAGAUGAUCUUUGCCGGUGAAAUGGUCGGCUGGGACAAAACCCUGAGUUUCCUGCCAUACAACGAUCAGCUUCGUAGUCAUCGAAAGAAGGCCCAUAUGUGCCUCAAGUCAGAGGCUAGCGUGAAGUCAAACGAUGCUAUACAGGAAUCUGAAGUUGGACAUUUUCUGUUGCAUUUACUGAUAGAUCCUGACCGCUUGGUUGAGCAUAUUCAGAAGCAAGCUGGCUCGGUGAUCGUGAAAGUUGUCUAUGGAUACACCGCUGAGCAAUUCAAACCUGAUCCUCUACUCAGUACGGUACGAAAGGUCGUCGAUGAGUUUGGCAUCGCAGCCAAACCUGGGGCCUUUAUGGUUGACCUCAUCCCGAUUCUGAAAUACAUCCCCGACUGGUUCCCCGGAGCUGGCUUCAAGACUAUAGCAAAGCAGUGGAGAACCAACCUCGAAAGCUCGGUCGAGGACCCAGCAGCAUUCGUGGAACAUCAAAUGGCAAACGGGAGGGAUAAUACAUCUUUCCUGUCUCAGCUGAUGCAGAAGAAGGGCUUGACGGAUAAAGAAGCUACUGAGAACAAAUGGUUGGCGGCAUCUCUUUACGCUGCAGGUGCUGAUACGACCGUGUCUGCUAUCACGACUUUCUUUCUCGCCAUGACACUAUUUCCCGAGGCUCGGGAAAAGGCCCAGAACGAGAUUGACGAGGUCAUCGGGAGUGACCGCUUGCCUACACUGUCCGAUCGACAAAGCUUGCCAUACCUCAAUGCGCUUGUGAAGGAAGUUCUUCGAUGGCAUCCUGUCGGGCCAAUGUGUCUUCCUCAUACAACCUCUCAAGACGACAUUGUCGAUGGGCAUCUUAUCCCAAAGGGUGCGAUGAUACUUCCAAACAUCUGGCAAAUAUGUCAUGACCCAGCGAUAUAUCGCAAUCCUAUGGCCUUCAAACCAGAGCGCUUCCUUGGUCCGGACGCUGAGACAGACCCGGGUCGAUUUGUCUUUGGCUUUGGUCGAAGAAUAUGCCCAGCGCAAGCCAUGUCGGACAAGACGCUAUUUCUCAAUAUGGCGCAAACACUUGCUGUAUUCGACAUCGGAGUGAAAGAGGGCGCUGAGAUGCCCAAGGCUGAGUUCACGUCUGGAGUUGUCAGUCAUCCAAAGCCGUUCGAAACUAUCAUCAAGCCCCGAUCUUCCGAGCAUCGCAAGUUGAUUGAGUCAAUUGAACGCAUUCAUCCAUGGCAAGAGAGCGAUGCAGAAACUCUUGCAAGUCUGUAA